UGCAACUUGAUAUCACCAACUCGCAAUAUUAUAUUUCAUUCGGAGAGGACCGUAAAUGUGUUCUGAUAUCACCAGAAACGUGUUAGAAUGUUAUUGUCAGAGUUUUUUUAAUCUUCCCUCGUUGCUACUUUGUGCAUUUGGACACGUUGGUAAUUCACUGCUGUGAAUGAAGGUAAACAUGAUGGUAGAGAAAGGGGUGUGAAGUGCGGACUUGGCUUGAGACCAGCAACAGAUAGGCUACUUUCUGCUGGCUUCAGUCACACACGUCCCCGGUGAAAUGCAUCAAUGUUACCAACUGCGAUUUCCUCCGAUCAUCCUAACUGCGUUCGUCGUGAAAAAAAGAAGUCCAAACCGGAGUGAUGCCAAAUGACUGAAGCUUUUCCGACGCAUUUGAAGAGCAAACGUAGACUUUCCCUUUCAUGAAGUGCGCUGUCCAUGGAAUGCAGUGAGCGUUAGAUUACCAGAUCUCGCACCCGAGGCAAUUCCACCUAUACGUCUUCGCCGAAAACCUAAGAGGAAUGCUGGGGGCUCUGAAAUCAAGAUUGUUUGGUGUACUUUCUUUGCCAGUUCUUAUAACGUUUGUUUGUUGCGCGCAAAGCGCAAACGAGCCGGGCAAUAUGUCAUUUGUGAAAGAGACAGUGGAUAGACUACUAAAGGGGUAUGACAUUCGCCUUCGACCAGACUUUGGUGGUGCCCCGGUUGCUGUUGGAAUGAGCAUAGACGUGGCGAGCAUAGACAUGGUGUCCGAGGUCAACAUGGACUACACGUUGACCAUGUACUUCCAACAGUACUGGAGGGACAAGAGACUGGCCUACAUGGGGAUCCCUCUCAACCUGACGCUGGACAACCGCGUGGCUGACCAACUCUGGGUGCCAGACACCUACUUCCUGAACGACAAGAAGUCAUUUGUGCAUGGGGUGACGGUGAAGAACCGCAUGAUACGACUUCAUCCGGAUGGGACAGUGCUCUAUGGCCUAAGGAUCACCACAACGGCAGCGUGUAUGAUGGACCUGAGGAGGUACCCUCUGGAUGAGCAGAACUGCACGCUGGAGAUAGAGAGCUAUGGUUACACCACAGAUGACAUUGAGUUUUACUGGAAAGGAGGAGACAACGCUGUGACCGGAGUUCAACGUAUCGAGCUGCCUCAGUUCUCUAUAGUGGACUACAAGCUGGUCUCUAGGAAUGUUGUCUUUUCCACAGGUGCCUACCCACGUCUAUCUCUGAGUUUUAAACUCAAACGAAAUAUCGGAUACUUCAUCCUGCAGACGUACAUGCCCUCGAUUCUCAUCACCAUCCUCUCCUGGGUGUCCUUCUGGAUCAACUAUGACGCUUCAGCUGCACGAGUAGCAUUGGGGAUUACGACUGUGCUCACCAUGACUACCAUCAACACCCAUCUGCGAGAGACGCUCCCAAAGAUCCCCUACGUCAAGGCCAUCGAUAUGUACCUGAUGGGCUGCUUCGUCUUCGUCUUCCUUGCCCUGCUGGAGUACGCCUUCGUCAACUACAUCUUCUUCGGCCGCGGGCCUCAGAUGCAGAAGAGGAUGGCGGAGAAGGCGGAGAAGGCCAACAACGAGCGCGCCAAAAUUGAGGCCAACAGGUCUGGUGCAGAGGGUGGUAAAACAGGCAAACACUCCAAUCAGGUGCAAGGGAAACGGAUGACGCGAGCGGUUGAAUCCCAUGGCAACAUCUUGCUUACCACCCUGGAGAUCCACAACGAGGUGGCGGGCAAUGAGGUUACCACGAGUCUGGCGGACAAGCGGAACUCGGUCACGUUCGAGACGUCGGGAAUCCAGUACCGGAAGCAGAGCGUGGCAGGGCGGGAGCACCGUGCGCCGGCCAAACGUGGCCGCCUCCGACGCCGCUCCUCGCAGCUCAAGAUCAAAAUCCCCGACCUGACGGACGUGAACACCAUCGACCGAUGGUCGCGCAUGAUAUUCCCCGGCGCUUUCUCCCUCUUCAAUCUCAUUUAUUGGCUUUAUUAUGUCAAUUAGAGGAAGGCGAGGGGGUGAAAGAUUGACUUAUUGUUUUCUGUUGUUUUUGAGAUUUUGUUUGAAUCAUUUGUUGUUGUUUUUUUUUUUUUUACUUUGCAUUUUUUUGCAAUUGAAUUGGACUUUUCUUGCUGAACAUGGACAAGGUUGUUGGUCCACUCUGAGAACAUUUUUCUACAUGCAGGAGUUGACAAUUGGAGGACUGUUGACACCAGGAUUUCACAAAACCAGAUGGGCAUAUAUUUAAGCCAAGUUUGUGUUUUUUUUCCCCCAUAAAUGUUUCCGUUCUACCAAUUCUAAGUGGAGGAAUGAAAGAAUAUAUUCAGGUUCUUUUUUGGAGGGUAAAGUAAAAAACAAAGUGAUUGCCCAUGAGCAAUGUAAUGUAAGAAUGCAAUAUACUGUAUCUCAGUGAAAGUCUCACAAACACCAACGUAAUGACACCAGUUUUUAAAAUUGUGUGUUUGUGAAUGUACGGGUGUGUGUGUGUGUUAAAGUGUGAAUAUGUGUGUGUGUGUGUGUGUGCGUGUGUUUGUGUGUGUGUGCACAGGCACGUGUGUGUGUGUGUGUGUGAGUGGAUCCAUGUGGUAUUGCCCUUUCUCGUUUGUCCAUCAACACUUCAAAACCAUAUAGUAAUAUCUCAUGUUGUUUUUUGCCUUUGGUGUGCAUGAGUUUUUAAAGUGCAAAUAUCGGCCACUGUACUGUUUGGUGGCACUGUAUAGGCAGUCUUUUAUUCUUUGAUAUGCAUUCAUGAAACUGAUGAUGCAAGUGAAUGCAAUUUUAUGAGUAUGUGUGCAAACUCUGAGGGGAGACUGUGAAUGAGUAUAUUUUAUGUUUUCAAAGAUUUUUUCCUGGAAUGUAAUGGAAGUGUUAUUGCAAUUAAUAUAACCAUUACAAUUAUAGAUUUGUAAAGGACACAAAAUCAUGUGUUAUUGUGUGAUAAAAUAUGUAUGGCUGAUUGACCUCUGUAAUGACAUCUCAGGACCUGGAUAAUUGUGUAUUGAUGUAUAUUUGAUGUCCUUUCCGUCAUUAAAAGCCGGAUCCAUUGAUGUUUGUACACAAUUUUGUGGCCGCAUGAAAUGUGUUUGUUGUACAAGCAAUGGAAAUACUGAGAAAACUGCCACUCUCCAAAAGUAAUACUGUGUUCCUUUCCUAUUGUAUGCAUGUAAGUCUCAUCAGUCUAUCUAAUGGUAAUCCUCAGGCAUUUACAUUGCAAGGAGCCGCUGUAAUGUUCUCCAAGCUUCUCAUGAAACAUGCACUGUAUUCAUAAAUUAUACUUCCCAUGCAUCAUACAGGACAAGUACCCAUAAUCUUUUGCCAAAUGUAUGACUAUUUAUGUGUAUGCUACAGCAGAGAGAAAUAUUUGAAGUGUCUGAAUGAGAUGCUUAGUUUCAGUAUUCAAAAAAAGAGUCAGUGCUAAUGAAGAAUUCAUGACGAUCUUAAUUAUCUUAUUUAUUUAUUUUCGCUUAUGAAAUGGGCUGCACAGAGGGCCCAAUCUGUGUGAGGAAAAUGAGCACAGCUCACCUAUGGAGGACAGGGAGUCCUAAUUACAACAACUGAAAUGCAAAUAUCCGGCAGAGCAUUUUUCUAAUGGUCCAGGCAAGUUGCGAGCAGAGUUGUCACACCAAACAGGUCGCCCGCCCAUUCACAUUCUCUUGCAAAAACAAUAAGAAAAGGAACCAAAACAUGACCUGGGGAACCAAUACACUGUAUGCCUUUUUCUCUUGUGUCAUGUAGCCGUCACUACCACUAACAACUGGAAUAAAGUCAUAGACAGAUGAGUCAAAUCAGCAUCUUUGUUCAGAUAUAUGAGAAUCUGGUUUUGUGGUUAGAUUUUGGGACACAUUCAGUGUGUAAAGGGGCAUGUCAACGGACUGUUGCCCCUGGAGUCAGGGUGAAAAGAGUACUUGCCCUGCUAAAAUUGCCUCCUAUAUUAAUACACACGAUGCUAAUACCAGACCUUUGGCAUGCUUGGCCUGAGCUAUGGCUUCUGCUUCCCAUGGCCAGCUUUAAAACCUGCCUCUGACUCCGGGAGCAGAUGGUGGUUGGGCAACCUUGCUUCCAGAUACCACUGAGAAUGCAGUGGAAGGUGGCAUGAGCCCUGUGAGGCAUAAUACGGGAAUACAUCAGGUUCCAAUACAUGAGAAAAAACAGUGACAAAGUUUGAGUAGAAGGGUAUUUAAAAAUAUGGCCAAUACGCAUGUUGAAACUGUGUAUGGCAUGAUGUUAAAAUAAACUAGGGGCAUAUAGUAUUAUUACAGUAUUACUGGUUAUUAUCUGAUAAUGAGAAUAUGUCACUGUCUACUUGUUUCACAUCCAACUUUUUUUCACAUAUUUAUGCAUUAAAACAUUUUUUUUAUUAAACAGCUCCUUAUCGUUAAAACUAGACAAUCAACAUAAUGAUAUGACUUUAGGGUAAAAUGUUGUUUUUGUUUUCCCCAUCCUGCAUUAAGAGGCAAUUUGCUAAAAAUGUACUUGUAUAUUAAUUAACUUAUUUACUUGAAAAGCCAGCAAUAAUGCCUCUGAUGUAAGCGUGUCAGCUAUCUAACAUCAGUAGUGUGAUAAAAGGUAUUAUGGGCAUUACCCUGGUAGGUGGUAGGUGUGUAUGACAAAUAUCUAAUGCUGUCACACUAUAACUUUGCUUGUUACAGCAUGUUGGUGAGGAAAUAUAGCCUGCAUGUAAUAAUAACAAAGCCAUUGACAAAACAAGUGUCAGUACAUUCCUUAUAUUCAUUUCAACAUACCUUUCAUCAACGGCAUUUAAACCUAAGAAUGUGGAUGAGAUGAUUAUUCUGUGUUGCAAUCAUCACUUGAGUAUGUGUGUAAUAGUUUAUUUUUAGAUGGACUGGACAUAGCUUGGUCCCAUGCAUUUUAUACUAUCAUGCAUCACUUCAAGUGCAUUCAUGAUUGCUUGCUUCUAAUUUUUGUAUGGCCUUGGCCAAAUCUGAAUUGUUCAAUGUUCUGCCACAAGUGUAGAUAAAAGCUGUCUUUGUGUCUGUUUUGUAAUUUUCCUAUUUGUAUUGUCUGUGUGCAGCAAACAAAGUAAUUCCAUCAAUGCUUUUAAGUUUGGCUACCAUUGUCCAUCCAGCCCCUUCACUUUUGUAACAAUAUAUAAAUUAUGUGCAAAU